UGCACCUAUGAUCGCCGCUGCUGCCGACGGCAUCUAAAGGGAAUCUGUAUCAGAUUCCAGAUCGCAUUCACAAUGAAUCCAGUGGCUGACACGUGGAGGAGGCAGGUGGCCGACACGUGGACACGGCGACUUCGUAGCCGGUUGCAGCGGUACUCGUUCUCCUCGGCGAUCUUCUACCCCUCCUCCUCCUACUCUCCCUCCUCCUCCUCUGCCUCUUCUGCCUCCUCUUUCUCCUCUUUCUCCUCCUCCUCCUCCUCCUCCUCCUCCUCCUCCUCGUCAGGGGUACUGGACUUUACUUCUCCGCUGAUUAGAAGGGUAAUCAUUCUUGUUGUAAUCGCUCUGGCCGUUGAUCUGGUCGCUUGCAGCAGCGAUCGAGUCUCAGAGGUUAAUCUGCAUGAGAGUGGACGGUCAGAGAUUGGCAAACGAUUGGAUCGGACGGCGGGACGGGGUCUGUUAUUAAGAGUGAAUGGUACGUACCUGGAGGAGCUGAGCGAACGUAAGAAUCAGAGAAUCGUGGGAGGAGAUAUAGCCGAUGCGGCCAACUUUCCUUAUCAGGCGUUGGUUACGAUCGUGAAAGACCAAGCCGAGUAUUACUGCGGGGGAACUCUCAUCGAUACGCAAUAUGUUCUUACUGCAGGUCCACAUGGCAGUACAAGACAAGCACGGUUGCUGCAGGUUGCUGCACCGGCGUUCGCACGUGCUUCUGCAAACCUCCGUUGUCGUUUCUUGUCGUGUGCGCUAAGCUGCGACGUGCAUGGUGGACCAUGCGAGGAAGUUGUUGCUGCUUUGUGUCCUCGUCCUCCUAUUGCUGCUCUUGCUCAUACUGCACCUGUGGUGUUCGAGGCGUGCAACGGUUGUGCCCCGCAAGCGGAAGCCGACGAGAUCGAGCAAGCAUCUGGCGUUGUCAUGCCGUGGCCGUUGAAGGCUGUCCACAUGUCGGGGGGGGGGGGGGGGGGGGGGGGGGAAUGCGGUUUUUGCAAACGGGUCGACAAGGAACAUUCCACAUCGCCCUUCGAUCGACAACCAUCUCAGGCGACGGCGAUGGACAUCGUCAUCUGUUGUCGCGGUGUGGUGCUUAACCGCACUGUCAUCUUCUACGAGUAUCGGCACAGGAGAGGCAACGCGCACGAAAGGGCAAUGGAAUUCGAUCAUCAUGUCAACCAUGAGGACUUUCGGUACUACGAAGCGGACGCCAAUGCAGUGACAUGUCUUGCGGUGGUCGUAGGGUUCAAAUUCGAUCGACAGGCACUCGCGAAGUCAUCAUGCACAUCACCAAGGUUAGGACGGUUGUGCCGACCAGCUGCUGUCGCUGUUUACCUUGGAUCGGAAAUUCCCACCAGGGACCAGGAAAGGCGGGUGUCGAUGGUAACGGUUCAUCCCGACCACUCAGCAUCAACCUAUAGGAACGAUGUGGCCCUGCUGAAGCUGGAGUUUGCGGUGGCCAUAACGGAGACGGUCAUUCCGAUCAAGCUUGCAUUCGAUGACAGCGGCUUGGGCGUCGGAUCCGACCUGACGAUCAGCGGCUGGGGAAGCCUGUAUUUUGGUGGAUACUUAACCAGCAGAUUGAGGGCAGCAACGAUCGAUAAUUUGCCGGAUGGCUGUGUGAAGUAUAACCAGGGGGGGAAAACUCGAUUCUCUCCGGACGUGAUGAUAUGCGCAGGAUGUGCGGGGGGAGGAGUCGACACUUGUCAAGGAGACAGUGGAGGACCUGCAACAGCCUUAUCUGCUUCCAAGGGGUGUCCUAUUCUAGUGGGGACCACCAGCUUCGGUCAGGGGUGCGGGAACGCGGACUACCCGGGUGUGUACACGAGAAUUAGCGCAAUCCUCAGCUGGGCGGAAGGAGUGGUAGGGAAGGUUCUCCGUAGCCAGUACCCAUUGGGUGCUUCACGCGAUAGGGAAACGUGUGCACGAGGACCGGGCUAUGCCAGAGGAACACGGGGCCUUGCACCUCGUUUCGAUGCGUUGAAGUGUCGGCGUGAGGCGUGGAUCGCCUCCGCUUUUACUUUCAAUCUCAGACCUUGUGUCAGGAACAGGUUCGGGCAUUUGUCUUUGCCUGCCCAGGCAUUCUUCAGCCCCGGGAUGUUUGGGGCAUUCUCUCCUAGCGGUGCGGUCUACUUUCUUAGAUCGACAACCGUCUCUUCACGCUGGAGUGAUGUUGAUCUGGGAGGUGUCCGGGUCAGGGUCCCCCUGACAAGCCCUGUAGAGAUCAAGAUAGGUACUUCCUAUGGGGUAGCCAAUUGGAAAAAUAGGAAGAAAGGGACCUCCAGUGGACCAGCUUACUCUUGGCAGUACGAUUGGGUGUCCGAUCCUCGAGCACCUGCAAGGACAUGCAGCAACUCCUUCGCCUACGCCGCUGCAUUCGUGUCCUGGGACAAAAUCUAUGUCCAGGUAUCGCCGCCAGUACGUCUUGCAAAAUGAUGAGAAAUCGUUAGAAUGGAUAUGAUAUGAUUAGCUUAAACCACCCCAGGCCUACCUUUGAGGCUGGAAGGCGAAGUCGCAAAAAUAACCUAUAUCGCAUGUUCUUCGGAGGCCAGUGGAGGCUGGGCGCUACCAGACCAAGAAAAAGGCUGGCUGCACCAGCCAAAACAAAAUGAAAAGUGCCGC